GGAGCCGCCCAAGACAGCGGGGACCAUGGAGCAUCCGCUAGCUCUGAGCCCCAUCCUCUGCAUCGUCCUCCUCAUCCCCACCUGGGCAGCAGCAUGCUGCAAACAGAACACGUGGAGCCAGUGUCAACUAGACUGGAUUUAACAUCAGAUUAGCCAACCCGGGGCUGCUGUGCAGACUGGAUCGUUCAUUUCCGAAAUGAAUGUGUCACUCACUGGAGAGCGAGAGCUAAGAGAUCACACUCUCGGUUGAUCUACCCAGAAUACAAGUGGCUACGGCCCCCAGCUCUUCUAGCUCAAGCUGUAGUAACUUGUACUUUUAGAUUUUGAGGUCCCCAUUCAAUCCGCAGGGUGUUGGCCAAGAUGGUGGCCAUCAGAAAUGCACUAAAAUCUUCUCAUAGACAUUAAGGCCAGAAAGGACCAUCAUGAUCAUCUGGUCUGAACUCCUGCACCUUGCAGGCCACAGAUCCUCACCCACCCACUCCUGUUUUUUCAUUCAAACGAAGCUGUCGCAGGAAUUCCAUCCCGUUGCAAGAGAGUGCAGAUCCCAAAUGUCGGAGUGUCCGGCCAGAAACCAGCUGGUCUGGGAGUUUCCCAGGAGCCCAGGUCCCUCCACAUGGCAGCCAGGGAGAAUAUGACCCUGAGCUGCACCUUCCAGAACAGAGACGGCAAGAGAACCAAGGUGCUUUGGCUCAGGGGAUCUGGAGAAGACGUGGUGCUGGAUUCUAACCACCCCUUCUACCGGGGGCGGCUCCAUGUGUCCAGUCUGGACGAGCACAGUCAGGGGAAGGCGACGCUGACCCUGGCUGAGCUGCAGGAGCGGGACUCUGGCCUCUAUCACUGCUGCAUCGAAAUUGACCAUGGGGAGUCAGGGAUGGGAGGAGGCACCGAGCUAAGAGUGAUGUGGAGAAACCAGAGUGAGACUGACGACAGAAAGGGUUCGAAGCGGGAUUCCAGCACAGAACUCAUCAUCUACAGAGCCACGAUUGCUCUGGCAGGCGUCAGCAUCAUCCUCUUAGUUACCACCCUCCUGCUGCGCAGACACACAGGUAUUUACUCCUCCUCCUGUGCUCACCCCACUGCCCGUUCUUUCCGCAUUCAAAAUGUACUUCUCUUCCGUCCCACUGGUGCAAGGGGGAAUGGAGCCUCCCAUCUACAUUCUCCAGUCCUCUGUUCAAUUCGUACACCUCCAUUCAUCUCUUCCAACAAUAACCCAUGCCUCCUCCUUUCCUCCCCAGACACCCAACACCAGCAGCCGGCAAAGGGUGACAGCAGAGCUGGUGGUAACACGAGCAAAGAUCUGCACCAUGCAGAGAUCACUUUCAAGGCUUCAGCUCACACAGAAUACGCCUCCAUCCGGACCUGGCAGCUCUGAAGAGUCAGAUCUGACUGUGCAGCAAAGGGAGACGCAGGGAACGGCAGGAGAUCCCUUCAUCAUACAACCUUGACGGCAUCUCCCAGGAUUAGUGCUAGCUUAGUCAACGCACUGAGUCUUUUGUUUAUGGACAGUUACUUACAGAUGACCGUAGUGAUAGAUGUGUGAGGCUGUGGGCCAGAUCCCCAGCUGGUGUCAAUCGUCCGUUGCUCAAUGAGUGUUGAUGGGGCUAGAUCCCCAGCUGGUGUGAAUUGGUGUCACUCCUCUCACCAGGAGGGGAGGCAGAGUUCAGCCCGGGAGCCUGGCCCACAGAAAAGGAGGCAUCCAAACUUCAGAGUGGUGCCCCACGGAAGUUGUAAUUCAGGUGACUCAUUCUCUAGGAGGCAGGCUCCUUGGGAGAACUACAUCUUCCAUGAUGCACCAUGUUCUCCUCUCUCGAUGAGGGGACAGUGUUAUAGGAGUCCCUAGCAGUGAUGCAUCAUAGAAUAUACACUCUGGCCCAAAGAGAACGAGGCCUGGAAUGACAACUCCUACACAGCCCUGCUUUGAAUCAAAACAGUUCAGGUUUUGAGAUUUUGCCACAGAGUUGAAAUUCUCUGCAGAAAAUAAUUAAUGAGUAUAAAAUUUAUUUGUAGAAAUUUUCUGUG